AUGGCCCGCCCGGCCCACUGUAUCCGCUCAGGCUUCGGCCUCUGCUCCGGCUUUGGCCUCGGCUGCUGCCUCCUCUUCCUCCUCGCUUCUCAGGAGGCAGGUGCUACCACACUUCAAGAACUUCAGAAUACUGGUGAAUCCCCAACAUCUGACCAUUUAUCCCCUCCUACUCCAAACCUUGUUUAUAGUAUUCCCUCUCACCACACUGCUCUUCAUUUAGGACAUAGUAGUCCAGACCACCCUAAAUCUACAGAAACCCAUCAGCCCAAACGCCAUUGCAAUGCCACACACAAUUUCAGGCCAAUUCACAAACCAAUAGAUAACUCCAAAAACUCUACAAAGCAUCACGGAGUUCGUCCCACUUCUGAACAAAACCCUAGCAAUCAAGGAAAAGACCCAGUUGUCCGGAAUGGACGCUCUGCUAAAUCUGAUAUCACACAUAAAAAAUUGUCUAAUGCAAACUAUCCAACCCCAAAGCCCAAGAGCAAAGCAACAUGUCCUACCUCCAAAGCCAGCACAGCAAUAGGAACAAGAAGUCACCCCCAAACUGCACCUUUGGAAAAUACCAUCAGUACCUUAGAGAGUAAAAGUACCAUAACUCUUCCCCACCAUUCAGUCAAUUCAGAGAUCGACAAAAGAGCCACAUCUUCCUCAGGAAAAAGCACAACAUAUAAGGCAUCAUUUAAGGCAACAGGUACCACAGAAGGAAAAGAAAGCGUUGAGGAUCAUACAGUAGCUAAUUACACAACGAUAGCUGCCUCAGAAAAGACUCUGAUAAAGACUACAAAACAAGCAAAAGACACAAUUUCAACCCAUGUGAAGACUACAAGAGCCCUACUGAUGCCUACAGACCACAGACAACACAACCAUGAUCAACACAGCACAUUGGCCCAUGAGAAGAUCACAUGAGCCCCCGCAACGCCUACAGACCAUGAUCAACACAGCACAUUGGCCCAUGAGAAGAUCACAUGAGCCCCCGCAACGCCUACAGACCAUGAUCAACACAGCACAUUGGCCCAUGAGAAGAUCACAUUGGCCCAUGAGAAGAUCACAUGAGCCCCCGCAACGCCUACAGACCAUGAUCAACACAGCACAUUGGCCCAUACAGACCAUGAUCAACACAGCACAUUGGCCCAUGAGAAGAUCACAUGAGCCCCCGCAACGCCUACAGACCAUGAUCAACACAGCACAUUGGCCCAUGAGAAGAUCACAUUGGCCCAUGAGAAGAUCACAUGAGCCCCCGCAACGCCUACAGACCAUGAUCAACACAGCACAUUGGCCCAUACAGACCAUGAUCAACACAGCACAUUGGCCCAUGAGAAGAUCACAUGAGCCCCCGCAACGCCUACAGACCAUGAUCAACACAGCACAUUGGCCCAUGAGAAGAUCACAUGAGCCCCCGCAACGCCUACAGACCAUGAUCAACACAGCACAUUGGCCCAUGAGAAGAUCACAAGAGCCCCCACAAUGCCUACGGACCAUGAUCAACACAGCACAUUGGAUCAUGUUCAACACAGCACCUUGGCCUAUGAUCAACACAGCACCUUCGCCCAUGAGAAGAUCACAAGAGCCCCAGAAAUGCCUACAGACCAUGAUCAACACAGCACAUUGGAUCAUGUUCAACAGAGCACCUUGGCCUAUGAUCAACACAGCACCUUGGCCCAUGAGAAGAUCACAAGAGCCCCAGAAAUGCCUACACACCAUGAACAACACAGCACAUUGGCCCAUGUUCAACACAGCACCUUGGCCUAUGAUCAACACAGCACAUCAGCUCAUGAGCCAAUCACAAGAGCCCCUGCAACACCUACAGACCAUGAUCAACACAGCACAUUGGCCCAUGUUCAACAGAGCACCUUGGCCUAUGAUCAACACAGCACAUCAGCUCAUGAGAAGAUCACAAGAGCCCCCGCAACACCUACAGACCACAGGCAACACAGCACAUCGGAUCAUGUUCAACACAGCACAUUGGCCCAUGAGAAGAUCACAAGAGCCUCAGCAAUGCCUACAGACCAUGAUCAACACAGCACAUCAGCCCAUGUUCAACACAGCAUAUCGAACCUUGUUGAACAGAGCACAUUGGCCCCUGGGAAGAUCACAAGAGCCCCAGCAAUGCCUACAGACCAUGGGCAACACAGUACAUCAGCCACAGAGCCAACCACAGGAGCCUCAGGGCAGGCUGUAGUGCACACAAAGAAGACCACAUCUACCAAAGGGAGGGCCACACCAAUCCCAGCAGAGAGUACAGAAAACCCAGGAAGAACCACAGCAGCCACAGAGACUACAAGGCCUCCAGGCAAGGUCACAGGCGACAGAUCUAUCAGUUCUUCCACUCCUGGCCCAAAUAAAGCCAGUCAGGUGCCCACUGGCUCGUCUACCCUGCCCACUUCCAGCAUGAAACUGAGUUCUAUCAUGUCAGAAGCCCCAGUCAACCAGAGCCACGCAUACCAGAACAAAGAUGGUGCCCAGGGCAGUCUCCAUGCGGGAGAGAUGGGGGACAGUGCUUCAUUCCCCGCAUGGGCCAUAGUUAUUGUGGUCCUGGUGGCUGUGAUUCUCCUCUUGGUGUUCCUUGGCCUGAUCUUCCUGGUCUCCUACAUGACUCGAACACGGGGUGCACUGGUCCACAGCCAUGAGGACAAUGACCCGGAGGAGGAUGGGGGCCCCAAUUCUUACCCCGUCUACCUGAUGGAGCAGCAGACGCUUGGUGUGGGCCAGAUCCCGUCCCCGCGAUGA